UCACUAGGAACAAACAGUCCGUUGUCAGACCGCCGGUGAGGAGAGAAGACUGUGUGUGUGAAUACAGCAGUCUUCUCAUUUAGUGUUAUCAGCGGCUGUCAGAUCAGGCUGCGGACCCCUCCAUGGAAGAGGCCAGCGAUGAGGGGCUUUUACUCCAAGCUGGACUCCUCGUCUCUGGGCAUGGCGAUGCCCCUGAACCUGGCCGUGGAGACUGAGAAAGCUCAGGCCCUGCUCCAGACCUUCAGCACUGCCUCUCUGUUAGCCAGCGCGGGCCUGGGCGCUUUCUGCUUCCUCGCCGACCACUUCCUGACGCUCCCCCUCAUCCAGCAGCAUCUGUGGCUCAGGGCUGUGCUCGAUAACGCCGUCCACGGCAUCAUCGGGCUCUGGUCAUGGGCCAUCGUCAUCGGGUUGAGGAAGAAAAGUAACUUCUAUGAAGUCGUCUUGGCCGGGUUUCUGGCUUCUGUCAUCGACCUGGACCACUUCUACGUGGCUGGAUCAUUGUCGCUCAAAGCUGCUGUGAAUCUGCCGCACAGGCCUCCGCUGCACUGCUCCACCCUGAUCCCAGCGCUCUGCUUCUCUCUGCGCCUCCUCAUGUGGGCCUGCCGGCUCAAGGACUCCUGGUGCUCCCUGCCCUGGAUGUUGUUCAUCUCGCUGGCGUCGCACCACAUCCGCGACGGCGUUCGGCGCGGUCUCUGGGUGUGUCCGUUUGGAAACACGGCGCCCAUCUCUUACUGGCUGUACGUCACCAUCACAGCCACUCUGCCUCACCUGUGCUCGGUGCUCAUGUAUCUGACCGGCACCAGAGACAUGAUCUCCACCAAACACGGGGUCGCCAUCGACGUCUGAAACACUGGCUUGAUCGUUUAUUUUUCUUUCUUUAUUUUUCCCAGCAAAAACAUGGCACUGGAUAUAUUUCCAUUAGCUCUUUGCCUCAUCGCCAAUCCAAUGUAAUUCGUCCUCCUUCCUUGAGAGAUUUUCAGUAUGUUUGAUACUUUUAACUACUGUGGUCAUUCAGGUAUCAGUGUGAAAUCAGGUUGUAUUUACUGUGAAGACUGUGAGUAUUUUAAUAUGUAUGAAGUAGAUUAGGGUUGGGCGAUUAAAAAAAAAAAAAAAAAGAUCAUU